GCCUAAUGGGGCUACAUUGUAUCUCCAGUUGCAUUGUACAACAAAUGAUAUUGGGCUACAUUUGGGCGUAACAUUUGUACACUGCUAUUUUCGUACGUGUGGGUUGUGGAGGCGAUUGUGGAGCGAACUUUUGCGAUGGAUUUGAGGUGAAGAUUCAUUACUUUGGACAUUAUUAAUCCGUUCAGAAAUUCGUUUUCCAUCACGAUCUGUAAGUGGAAGAACUGAGCGACAAGCGAUGCCACGUGUCGAAUUCUGACCUCAAAUGACCCCAAAGAUUUUGUGCAUGUCCGCCCUCUAACGCAACCCCACUCCACCAAUCAUGAACACCCACGUUAUGGCCGAGGGUCCGCACUAUGGCAGCGGUAACGACUCCAUGGCGGCGCUGUCCCAGGUCUCGGGCGGCAACCAUACCUACGCCGGCAGCAGCCACGAUCAGCUCAACGACCGCGAAGCCUCGCUGUCCUACGGCUACAACUACACGCCGACGGGUACCCCGACUCAUUCCUACAGCACCACCGAUAGGAACUCGGAGCACCCGUCUCUUAUGAGGGACAGCACGGCCCGGGCCUCGGCCCGGAAGGGGGGCAAACUGGCUCCGCACAAAGUUCAAAUGCUGGACGAUUCCGUUAUCACGUUACACGUACCAAAUGGCUGCCUCGGAGCGGAUCUCUUCAAGGAAUGCUGCAGACAUCUCAACCUCUUGGAGAUGGAUUACUUCGGCCUGGAAUACUUCAACAAAACUGACAAAGUGAUGUGGUUGGACUUGGAGAAGCCAAUUAACAGACAGGUGGCAGCUCCCAAGAAGACCCUGUUCCACUUCACGGUGAAGUUUUACCUCGCUGAUCCAGGCCAGCUGCAUGAUGAAUUCACCAAAUACCUUUACGCCCUACAAAUCAAGAAGGAUCUUUCCAACGGGAGACUUCCCUGCUCGGAGAACACAGCGGCCCUCAUGGCAUCCUACAUGUUACAAGCUGAGGUUGGUGAUUACAGCACCCCAGAGCACGACGACGGACGUUACAUCACUGCCUUUAGGUUUGUUCCUAGUCAGACCCGCGCCAUGGAGAGCAAGAUCCAGGAAUAUCACAAGAACCAUGUAGGUCAGACGCCAGCGGACGCAGACUUCAACCUCCUGGACGUUGCGCGACGUCUGGAGAUGUACGGCGUGCAGCUCCACGCGGCUCGCGAUUACGAGAACGUUCAGCUGCAACUCGCUGUCUCUCAUCAGGGCGUGCUGGUCUUCCAUAACAACAGUCGCAUCAACACCUUCUCCUGGGCCAAGAUCCGUAAACUCAGCUUCAAACGCAAACGUUUCCUCGUCAAGCUCCAUCCGGAGGGAUUCGUAAGUGGUUACCCUCGUAGCACCGUGGAGUUCCUGAUGACGUCGCGUAACGAGUGCAAGCGUUUCUGGAAGUGCUGCGUGGAGCACCACACGUUCUUCCGUCUGAUGCAGCCGAGACACGGUCGUCGGCCCAGACGCAGACUGAUGAGCAGGGGGUCAACAUUCCGCUACAGUGGAAGAACACAGAAGCAGGUGGUUGAAGAUGCCAGGGUCACCUACAUCCAGAGACCAGGAUUUGCCCCAAGCCUGGCUCGUGUCUCCACCCGGAGCCUGGGUGCACCGCGUACCACCACCCCACUCACCAUCAACCUGACAGAGAGCAUUGUACCCGAUCACCAUAGUGCCCCCGACCUGACCUACGGUGAGGGCUAUCCUAACGGGCAGGGUGAGCCAGCCGUGGCCAGUCCACCAUCUAUCUCACCAACCACGCCCUCUUCCACACCGGUCACACCCAUCCAUGAUAGCUCUAGGAUAGCUAUCCACAAGGGCCAGUCAAGCUCCAGCAUAACCUACGAGUACACAGUCAAUGAAGACAGCCCACAAAUGCAAGCCAAGCCAGAAGUAAACGGGGAGCGGGAAGCUCUCCGUAACCUGUCGACGGGAUCUGCUCCGACAGAAGCCGAAGCCAACGAAGAGCCCGAGCUGCAGCUGGAACCUGAAAGGGAACUCCAGUCGCCCGUCGUCAACGGAGAACACAACGGGCAUGAGGGUUUGAGUACGAAUUAUUCCACUGACACUUCCGAUAUUAGCAUCCCAAGCGGCAGCCUGCAUAUCGAUAUCGAUUAUGAGAUGAGACGGCAGGUCAUCUUAGACCUGCCGGAUGAGAUUGAGAGAUUAGAAGACCCCUUUGUAGACGAAGAGGGUCCUAAGAGAGAGAGACGUGAGAGUGGGAGCUCGAGCUCUUCGUCUGGUUCUCACAGCCUUGAGGACGGGGACGGGCUGGAGUAUGAAGAUGAGAUUCAAACAGAAGAGGGGUUUGACUUGGAGAUUCUUGAGGGGAUCGGGGGGCCUUCUGUCAGUGAAUUUGAAGAUGAUGCAGUGGGGAAGAGGUUGGGUCUUCUGGAGAUCGGGAAGAAAUUUGACAUGAGGGAAACCAAGGCUAAGUUUGAAGUCCUGGAGAGCUUGCACAUGCCUGUGACAAGCGAUCCAGAAAAUGAGUCCCCGACUAAGAGUGUGGAAGCUGAGAUGGGGUCGGUGGGAAGUGGGACAAGCGGGGAGCUCUUGGGGUCCAUGCAGGCUGCCGCUUCCAACGGAAGCACGUCUAGCGACGAUUUGAAUUUUAUUCGGACAGACCGUGCUUCCACUGAAAUCCGGCUGAGCAGCACUAUUGACGAGGUGCUGAAGAUAGCCGCGGAGUUGGCCAGUCCGACUGACGAGGCCUACACUCCGAGUUUCGAAUCCCGAAGCCUGGACUCUUUCUUGAAUGAGGAAGGAUCUGAGAUGGGCCAGAAGGGGUUUGAUAUCACCCCGGAGGAGGACCGCUCCAGCCCGAAAGAUUACUCCUCCUUCAUGAAAGAGAGACAGUUGGUCUUUGACGAUAGUAGUGAUGAUAGUGAAGAUAGUAGUUUAGGAGCGACGUUAGGUGAGACGAACAAAAAUUUGACUCAUCUCGAAGAGAACCUUGACGAGACCUCAGCCAAUCUGCGACUACUUGAAGAAAGCCUGGCAGAGACGCGCAAGAGCCUCAAAGAAAUGGAGCAUGACGUGCUGUCAGAUACCUCAACCGAAAGUCCUGUUUUCUUUCCGAUUGAUUCUGAACAGCAGAAUGAAAUAAAGCUGACCCCUGAAACUCCCUCUCAAGAAUUUUCCGUUUUCUCGGCUCCGUGUGACUCCCUCUCUGAGGAUAUCAUCAAUGCUAAUACUCAAGGUCCUAUACCAGAGGCCAAGAUCUCUCCUAGAAUCGAUAACGCAACAAAUCAAGCACCUUUUGACGAAGCCGAUCUUGCCCGAGCCUUAACUCCAUCUGCUUUGGGGUCUCGUAAUUUAAAGCGCAUCCAUGACUCACCCCCUCCCCCAACUCCACCCCCCACUCCCAAAGUCUCGGUAGUCGAACCCCCAACGCACAUUCCAAAAAUCUCAACAGUAGAGCUUCAUAAGAUCACAAGUUUUGAUGACAUGAUGCCCCCACCUCCACCCCGAUCCCCUGCUAGUCCUCCAAAGACUGGCAGAGUUAGAAACAUUGCCCACAUGCUUCCUGACCUACCUCCACCCCCUCCUUUGCCUCUUUCCCCUCUCCCUGAUUCGCCCCCACCCUGUCCGUCACCGCUUUCCCCACCCCAUGCGUCGAUCAUGAGGCACACAUUUAGCUAUGACAUCCAGCGUCCACCCCCUCCAGCCCCCGUCGUCAAAGCCUCCCCUCCACCCCGUCCCCCAAAACCCAAACCAAUCAAGGUGGACCCAAGGAAGUUUGAGGGGGCGGAGAAAUCCCCCGUACCCCCAACCCCGCCCCCGCGGAUGGAAUCCAAAGCGCCUCAAAUAAAAUCGCAAUUUGAUUUCAUACAGAGAUCAGGGGUCACAAGAGGUCAAAGUUCAAACGGUCAUGCCCAUGUCAGUAUGCAACAAGCCGAAACCUCGGUUGUUACCAAAAAGGAAGCGGGAGUCCAAAUGUCUGGUUAUUCCGAAGUUCACAGAACGGUAGUCACUGAGUCAAGAACCGUGAAGACUUUUAGUGCAACAGGACAGGUCGCUCCAAAAAAUCAAAGAAGCACCUUAGAGUGUAUGUUAGACAGUCAAGCAGUGAGCUCAAUCGAGAGACCCCCGCCCCCUAUCGUAGCUUCCAAACCCUACAAGAAACCCGGUCAUGUGUCAAAAACGGUCGACACGAUCGUCAUAUCACCUGAGAGUAAUGAAAUGCGAUUGACCCGACCUGGCACAUUCGUCACGGAAUUGAAGAUGAUAGUGCGGCCGGGAAAAAUCCGUGUUUCUGAUUCUAGCAGCAGUCGAGAUAGCUCAAACAAUCAGGCAAAGUCAAGCCAUCAAGAGAGCAUUGAUGAUCCCAACAGUUCUGAAAUUCAGAAAACAAUUAGCAGUCAGGAAAGCUCUAGCAAUUGGGACAAGUCGAGCGAUUGCGAGAGCUCCAGCAAGCGCGAGAGCGCGGCGAGCACAGAGAGCGUAGACUCUGCCAGGCAAGAAUUCACGGACCGCAGUUUGGACGACUUACUGAACAGUCCCGACAUAGUCGGGUACCCGACUCCCGACGACGAUGACAGUACUAGGGGUUUAAGCGAGGAGCAAUACCUCCUCCAGGGAGAUCUGCGUUAUUCAGAAACUUCCUCCACCGCCUCGGAGAGCUCUGACGACAGUUGCGUCUACCACUAUGAGGUAGCCGACGCCCAGAUGACGAAAGUCAAGGGCGCGGCACCACUGGCCGUGGAGGAUGGAUCUGGCUCCACGAGCGACAAUGAUGACAGCAACAGCAGCACUUCCUCUGAACAGAAUGGUUUGCUUAAUAGGCAUGCGAUCGGGAAUGGGGGGAUUGUCUUUACAAACACCAUAUCCGAGGGCCCGGGGUUGUUCUCGGACCUCCAGGACAUGGCCUCCCCCUUAUCGGCCCUCUCUGGGGAAACGGCGGCCAGUUCCGAAGAUUUUGAUUGACCGACCCUCCAUAAUUACUUUUAUUUGUCAAGGUGUGUUUAUGAAGGGGAAAAAAUUGUUGGUAUCCAUGAUGUCAUCUUGUGUGUUUGAUCUAGGGGAAAUAUUCUGAAUUAAAAUGUAUUUUUAAUUCCAUCGUAACAUAUGCAAAUAAUUCAUUUAUUUUAAGUUGAUGAUAUGAAGAAAAUAUUGAAAACUACAAUGCCUGGCAGAUCAGAAAUUCACGUGUCACACCAAAUAUAAUCUCAGAAUUUCCAGACCCAAGUUUUAACUUAAACCAGCAAGAACAAAAAUAUUUUGUACUGAGCGCCAAAACACAAUUAGCUAGGUACUAUAGACUUUUUAUUAAAAAAAAACUUUCCUCUAGCUGUAGAAAUCUUUGAUUGAUCUAACUUACAUUAGUCGCUGCUUCAAACUGCUAAGAUUGUUCUUAAUUUCAACCUGAAGUUCAAGCAAAAUCCUGCUACUAUUUUGUUUUCAUAUUAACAAGUUUGGAUUUCAUUACUAUUUUAAGCAGCAAAACUUUCUUUUUGUUGGCAAUAGAUAUAAGAGGAAUUUAAAAUCCAAUCCAACUUUUUGCCACUGCCUAAAAUUUAAAGCCAAAAUAAGACACAGACCAAAGUUGUACACAAAAUCAGGUUUUUAUAUGAAGGAAUUUUUUUUUUUUUAAUCAAUACUAACAAGGAAUCAUACAUACAUGUAGGUAUCGGAUUUGUACAUUGUCCUAUUUGGUUAAAUUCCACACUUUCCACUUAAUUUUUUUAAUAUUUGACCAUUUAUGUCUUUUUUCCUCUGUUUUCUGUUUUUGUUGUUACGUCAAUUUUUAACGGACCACAUCAUCAUGUAUUUCUUUUUAGAUUCAAACUUUUAAAUCUGGCACUUAAGCAUUUAAGACACAUUUUUUUUAAGCAAACACUAUUUAAAUGCUUCAGAAAAAACUUUGCACUUUUCCACAAAUUUUCCAAUAAUUUUAAUUGAUUAACACACUUUAAAAAUAUUAAUAUAUUACAACGCGCACAUUUUAAAAAUUAUAUAAUGGACAAACACUGCACUGAAAUAUUUUAGCCUUUGAUAAAACUACUUCAACGGAAAAAUAUGUGUAAGAAAAACAUUCAAUUUAUUCAUAACUGUAACCUGAAAAAAUUGAACUAAUUUUUUUGUAAAAAUGAUCUACAGUACUUCCAAUGGUUGUCUUUUCCUGAUGUUUUGUAGUUUUAGGUCCCUGCAUUUACUAACUUCUUUAGUUGAAAAUCCUUAGCUUAUCCUGACCAUAACAAUAAUAAGAAUAUCUCUUAGGUUCCUACAUCAUUGUUGAACAACAGAACCAGUUUGUGGAAUCAUUUAAUAAAUUCAUUUCCACCAGAAUUUAUUUUAAUAACCCAUGCAUGGUUAUGUAAUCAGGAAAGUUAUGUUAUCCGAAAUUGGAAAAAAAAAUUGAAACCCACCAUUUUGUGUUUGGUAAAAACUAAUUUAAUUUCAGACCACUUAGAAAUUAAAUCCAAUCAUGGAAUUGACAGCACCUUUAUAUUUGCAUUUUGGAGGGACCAUCUCAACCUGCCUGAAAUUUCCAUUUUUCAAAAAAAAGAAACACUAAUUUCGCAUUGUCUUGCAUUGUGAAUCUCAAAUAUGCAUAUGGGGGGGGGGGGGGGGGGGGGUAGGACAGAUUUAUGAUAACAUUCCUCUCGUUCAGUCCUUUUCAGGGGAAAACAGAGAAACGUUCCAAGCAAAUUCAGUUGAAAUUCAAAAAUGUACAGAGCACCAAUCUAUAAAUCAUAUACAAUUUUGGCUUGCCACGUGUUUCACUUGUUCACCGAGCAAUUAGUUUAUUUUUCAUUAUGAUUAUUAUUUUUUAACACAAUUGUACCAUUGUUGCCAUAGGUAAACUGUGCACACCUGUUCGUCCUGGCAUUGUUCCAAAAGUGAUUAUUGUUUUUACAGAUAUUUUUCUGUGCAAUCACCCUACCAGUAGUUUUUGGUUGAAGUUUAAUGUCUGCAUAGCCAUAGAUGCACAUUUGCAUACAUGUAUGUCUUUGGCAUUUGUAAUUGUAGACACGGCUAUGUUUAGAUAUAUUUCUGUGUAGAUAUCAGGCUGUAGUUUUGAAAUUAUUUGCCAAUUUAAUAAUCUCUUCCUUGAAGAAGCAUCUCUAGCUGUUGUCAUUUUAUCAAUAGCACUGUUGAAAAAUCUCAGGAACUUCCACCUGACAUUCAAAAUAAUCUCGUUGGUUAAGAUUCACUCCUUUAGUUUGCAAUGUAUAAAGUAGAUCGGGCCGCUUGUCCCCUUUCAAGUACUACUCUGGCUCCCUAUCCCACACUUACAACCAACCUAACACAGCCUCUUCACAUUUUCCUUUCCUGUUUUUCUCCCUCAACAAUUGCUUGAAACCUCCCUGUAACACCCUUGUUCCUCCUGAUUACACCCUUGUUCCUCCCUGACACACCCUUGUUCCUCCCUGACACACCCUUGCCCCUCUCUCUCGUCCCAAUCUUGAUUCUAUCCUUUGCUUACUUUACCUACUCCAAACAACAGUCUCUAGCCCUAAUACCCCCCUACCCCAACCCUAUUCCUUAUCCAGCAUAUCCCCCCAACUUCACCUCUAUCCUUCAGCAGUUGCCCCCUGUCUCUAACCUCUGUCUAACCUAUCGCUUAGCCCCACGUACAUGUACCGGUACCCCCACCUAGCCUUGUCAACCUAUCUCCAGCUACCCCACGCCCCUGUCUAUGGCCCUCAGCCCAAUCCCAUCCCUGCCUGGACCUUUGCUCGUACCACCGUCCUAUCCAAACCCACUGAUGAUGGCUAAUCUCUGUCACAAAAUCUUGUGGAGGAAACCCGGAGCAUUGUGGGAAGCACACAUGUUGAGUAUACAUCCUGAGUCACUGGUUAAACAAAAGAAACCUAGAGCUCCGCCCCCAAGACACUUUGACCAAUCACAACAGUGAUUAAUGUGUAACAGGUGCACACAAAGGUCUGACAUACAUGCAUGUGCGUAUGACUUGCCGGCUGGAACAUGCAGUGCGACAUUGACGAGGCACAUGUGUUGUUGCCCAUGUGCAAAGUAGGAGGGGCUUAAUACAUCAGUUUAUUACCCAAUGAGAGCUCAAUAAAUAAGCUGCCACCAGCGCCAUUGGACAGGGUGGUGGGUACAAGCAAAACCCCGCCCCUCCCUCCACAACCCCGCCCCCAGUCCUAAUCAGCCCCAACACUGUACAACUCUAGUCUUCUGAAUUAACAAACACCGGUGUUUAUUUUUUUGUUAUAUUCCAUGCUUUUUAUCGAUUCUCGUGGCAUGCCUAUUAAGCACCAUUCAUCAGUCGUGUGUCUGUUCUGUCCUUUUUGAAAAGGGAGUUUAUGUAUGCAGUGUAUUCAAAUGUAUUCACCUAGUAAAUGUAUUCAUAUAUUUAAAUGUAUUCAUCAGUUAAUUUCAUUUGAAUAUUUGUAAUUCCUUAUGAGGGAAAUUCUCUAGAUUCGGGUCUUUAUCGAAUGGGAUUCUGGUAGAGGGUGGUGAAAAAAAUGUUGACACCAAAGUCAACUUCCAAAAACAAAAUCACAUUUGAAACUUGAAUUGAUAGCUCAAGUUAAUGCAAUUUUAUUCAAUUGAGAUGCCUUUUGUAUUUAAAAGAAACUUGAAUAUGCUGCAUACUUAGACUCCAAAUAGGAGCCACAACCAUUUGCCUGCCAUGACAGGGAAAAAAAAAAUUAAAAUUGUUUUCACAAAAUUUGUCGGGGCACUUUCUCAAUCAUAUGCAGUUCGAUCUAAUGUUCUUCUUUUAUUUGAGAAAGUACAGUUUUCAUGUUGAAAGAAAUCUGUCGUCUUCACAGCUAAAGGGGUUGGAGAAAGUUUUGACGAGACAUAAAUUUUAAGCUAAUAUUUUUUAAAUUUUCGAUUCAACUUGCCUAAAAUGGUGUGACAAUUACUAGAGUCAGAUAUUCAGUACUUUGGAGAAAAAAAAGAAAACGAUAUAAAGAUCUGUAAUGUACAUGUACUUGCUUUAAUGCGUUUCUUUAUUCAGUACACUUUUGAAAUGAUACAUAUUAUGAAAUCUAAUUUAAUUUUACAGUAGUAUUCUUUGAAACCGCCUGAUGUAUUUUUGAAAGCAAGAAAAUAACCUUGAUUCAGUACAAGUUGCCUACCACCUAAAAUGAUGUUUGAAUAUUGUAGUAUAUGCACGGAAAUAUUAGUGUUCUUUUGAAGAUAUUCAGAAGUAUUAUUCAAAGCACUUUUUUUAAAUUACAGUAAGUGUGUUUCACAUGUUUGCUAACAACUUGUGCUAACCCAUCCUAACCAGUUUGAACCGGUACCCCUUUAACAUUGCCUGUCUGUGAUUGGUCCGUUGUAACAUGCAUUGACCAAUAAGUACAAAGCAUAGAGACAGUAUGAAUAUCCAUGAGUCAGUCAGACCAUUUUCUAUGGAGAAGGGGUUAUUGUAAACAGGACUUCGGGGUAAUUCUUACAAAUUAGUGCAAUUGAGCAAAAAACAAUCAGACUUAUUUAGAAUUUAAACAAUCCUUCAUUUUUUACGCACCGUUACUUUAGCAUUGAAAAUUCAGUUGUUUUUUUUUGUAUUUGAUUUUUAUUAUGUUUGAAUGUUCUCGGUAGCUAUACGUAUGUUUAAAUGUGAUCAACAACUCAAGUUUGCUAGUGCCAUCAAAGAAACUUCUUUUUAAGAUUUCAGAAAUGAUGCAAAAAUAUAUGCAUUUUUUGUUACAGUUAAUCGUUAAGUACAAAUACAGAGGAUACAUGUAUGGAGUCUAUAAGCAGAGAUAAUAAUUCUACAAGUGCUUCAAAGUUACUUCUAGCUAUUAAUGGGGAACAAGAAGUUAAGGCUUUAUUCAGGUAACUGAAAGCUUAAUUGCACAUUAUAAUUUUAAAGAUUAUUUAGGUUUUGUAAAAAAGUGUGCUACAAGUAGCUAGGGUAGUAUUAGUCUCCGAAAAUUGAGCAUUUUUCCCACCUUAAAAGUAGCAAUAGACAGAUCGAGAUGAAGAUGUAUAUUCUGUUGAUUCUUUCCUUUUUAGUUUUUUUUUAUCAGUUUUAGAAGUCUUUCGUUUUGUUUCUUUCAGUGUAGUCAUUUAGUCUUAAAGUGUUAAUUU